UCUUUGUUUGUUUAGAAGGCAAAGCUGGAUAUACGAUCCAAAGAUUGAUAAAUUCCAUCCUCGUCUUUCUCUUGGCGUGGUUGAUAUUGAAACGAAAUCCUGGUUUUACCAUCUCUACCACGUUGGAAAGCCUCUUGAGUGUUCUCAUGUAGAUGUUCUCUUUUAUUAUCUGAGAAAGAAAAUAAAAUCUGGAUGUGCUGCAAACAGUAGAUGUACGUCAACUGAUAAUUUUUUUGAUCGGCGUAUUCAAACUCUCUACACAGCAUACAAGAAAAAGCAAGAUGUGUCACUUGUUUCUUUGAAACAUACAGUGGCUAUCUACAUUAAAGGUGGUGCUAUGCGUUGCAAUACGAAUUGGGCUGAUGUUGACGAUGUUCUUUUUCCGAUCAAUUGUGUUAACGAUUGGCAUUGGAUUUUGGCUCGCCUGAAUUUCAAGGAACGAUGCAUCUAUAUCUACAAUUCGUUGAGGUCGGCGCAAUAUGACAGAUCAGCAACUGAAUAUGUUACUUCCUAUAGUGUGUUGCUUCCACUAUUCCUUCAAGCUACCAAUUUUUAUGAUUCUCGAGAUGACAUCGAUACUACUGCCGGUGCUUAUGAGGGAAAGAGAAUAACUGAUCCGUUCAGAAUAGAGAUUGUGGAAAACAUGCCUAUCCAAAAUGAUGUUGAUUGUGGAGUUCAUAUGUUUUCCGCUGCUGAGUUCUUUGUUGAUGGGAAAGUUAUGGGGCAUGAUUAUGAUGUCAAAGAACACCGUGCUCGUUACGCUUCAUCAUUAUAUUUGUAUGCUCGUUGGAAGGAAAGCUCUUCUUGUGUUAGUGAAGAUGAGGGUCCUCUAAAACUCAAGAGAACAUCUGCCUAGGGAGUGAAGAGGAAGCUAAUUUAUGGAGGUUCAAGAUGAAGAAUGUUAUUGAUUUUUGUUUGUAAAGAAAGUCUCCUUUUUGUCACACUUUUAUUUUGCUUGGAGGACAUAAAUGUCCAUUUAUUUCUUAUUUGAAGUCUAUUUUAGAGUAUUUGUAAAAACAGGUAAUUACAAUAUG